AUGGCUCCGUCUGCCUGCGCUGUUGAAUUUAAGGACGGAGUUGUGAAGCCCCGCUCUGGCAGCCUGCGCUGCCUCCCCUCGCUCCUCCUCCUCUCCCUCGGCCUGCUCGCCGGCGCGGCCAUCGCAGCCGGCAUCUCGCUACUAUUCCCGUGGCGCGCCGUGGCUUUAAUCACCUCGUAUGCGAGCACGGACACGCUAGUCAAGUCGCAGGGAGCGCUGACGUUCCUAGUGGUGGGGGACUGGGGUCGCAAUGGGGACUACAACCAAUCGCUCGUAGCUGAAGCGAUGGGGCGAGUGGCAGGGGAGAUCAGCUCCAGCUUCGUGAUUUCCACGGGGGACAACUUUUAUGAGGACGGGCUGACAGACAGCAGUGACCCGCAAUUCACCUCCUCGUUCUCUGAAAUAUACCAGGCCCCCAGCCUUCGCACACAGUGGUAUGCCGUUCUAGGCAACCAUGACUACCACGGCAAUCCCGAGGCACAGCUUGAUCCGGCCCUCCGCCUGCGGGACCCUCGCUGGCGCUGCGAGCGCUCAUACAACGUGCGGAGGGACGCGUGCCCCAAGUAUCUAUACGAGCCGUGUGACGCACCAGUGGAGCUGUUUUUCAUUGACACGUCGCCCAUGCUGAUUGGCUACUGGAAGCCCUCGGCCAAUCAAACUGAGAGGCUGAAUUUCACGGGCAGACCUGAGUACUCCCUCUCAAUCCACUUUCAAAUCGAGUCACUAAGAGCAGCCCUUGCGUCGUCAACUGCCAAGUGGAAGAUUGUGAUUGGCCACCACCCAGUGCGCAGCACAGGGGAGAACGGCGAUUCAGCUGAGCUCGUGCAAUACCUGAACCCUAUCCUGAAGGAGCAUCAAGUGGACUUCUACAUGAACGGCCAUGACCAUAACCUGGAACUUUUCCAGGAACCUGCAAGUUCACUGUUCUUCGUAACGAGUGGAGCGGGGUCACAGGUGAGCCACAAGCGCUCUACUACAACCAACCCGUUCUCUCAGUUUUACUAUGCAGAGCAGGGGUUUGUGUCCGUCGUUAUUGAUGGCAACGGCUUAAAGCUCAACUUUCAUGACAUUGUCGGCACUGUGAUUCACACCCUGUGGGUGGACAAGUAG